GCGACAAGGUGAACCCACAUCAUCCUUACCUCCAACAUAUCACGUCGCCUUGACGCCUUCGCAUUUAUCCCAAGUCACCAACCGCCGCUGCGCGCCACAUUCCCAAACCGCCAGCCGACACCAAUUAUCACAAAAUAACCAUUCGGGUACCGAAUAUCCUAAUCAGUGCACGAAGAGUACAAACGAAGCGAUCACUACUUCGACGGAACAAUCCAGUCGCACGGCACGCGACCACUGUCCCAUCACACGUCGUCGUCUAGAGCACAAUUCGGCGAUAAUAAGAUGCCAUACUACGAAAAGUCAGAGGACUGGCUUCACCAGUCUGCUUUGCUGUUGCAGGCUAGGCCUCAGACUACCCGAGUAACAACCUCGUACUCCCUCCGCCCCGCCAUCCGCCCUUCUAAAGCCGAGAAGCUCGCGGCAAAGGAAGCUCGUCGCGCCAAAGAGAAAAAAGAAACCAGCAGCAGCAGCAGCAGCAGCAAAAAGACAACAGAAGGAGAAGAACCCCCCAAGGAUGCGGCGGCAGCGGCGGCGGCGGCAAAACCACCCCGAGGCCAUCUGGUCCUCAAGACCUUUGACCCGCACUCGGGCGUAUGCCUGAAAUACAAGACGUCCAAAGCCGCCGAGGUGGGUCGGUUGAUUCAGAUGCUGGGACAAUUGGGGAGGAGGAUGGCUGCGCUGCCUGUGGACGAGGCCAAGGAGUCGGCAGACGUGGUGAUGGCUGAUGCGGCUGCUGCUGCUGCUGCUGCGGCGGAGGAGGGUGCUGCGGCGGCGGCGGUUAGUGGGACUGCUACGCCUGUUGCGGGUGCGAGUACGCCUGCGCCUGCGGCAGGAGGCGGUGGACAGGGAAAGAAGAAGAAGAAGGGGAAGAGGUGAAUUUUGAGAGGGCGCUGUGUAUAAGUGAGAAGGGGACGAACGCGCGGAUCGGGGGGCUGAGCAGGAAAAAUGCCAUGAUAAUAAAGGGUGGGUAGAACCAAGUGAAUGAAGCAAGCGUUUAACAUUUUUUUGUGGAAACAUUUGUGUCAAGUGAAGUCUACCUUGGUUGCGCAUCGGCGAACGGGUCACGUCAGGCGUCAUGGUCACUACAAGUUCACGCCGAUACGAAU